AUGCGUGUGCCGAGACCACCGAGCGAGCCCGGCAAGGGUUCUUAUUGGAAACUUGACCCCAACCACCAAGCCCCACUCGACCAAACCCAAACGGCAGGAACUGGCUCCAACGGAGGUGCUGCACGAACUGGCCGGACAUCCAGGAGAAGCAGUGCAGGACAGAGGUCUGCAUCUAGCAAACGUGCCAGCCGACGCGCCACUAGCGAUCCUACCCCUCACCCAAUGCCUACCGGCCCCGCCCCUGAGAUCCCUUUGACUCCAGUGCCAGUACUCCCCAAGCGUCCUGGCCAGGAGAGCGACCCUUACCUGUUCAAAAUUGACACCCCUCCUGCUCCCACCAUCAUCCCCGUCAUGCCUCCCCCCUCAGGAAACAGGCGCCAUUCUCACCUUUUGAGCCACGAUCACAGCUACGCCUCGCCACAAGACCAGCUCCAGCACAUGGACCAACAGCAACAACAGCAGGGGCCAUAUGCCACGUCAAUGACAUCGUCAUUUGCUCUUUCAGGACUCAACACUCAGCAUCACCACCAGAGCGGCAUCUUUUCACCUACAUCUCCCACGGCACCCACUCAUGGCGACUAUGGCUCGGCCAACUCGUUUUACUCCACCAAUGGCGCCCCAUCUUCCUUCUCCAACACCGGGCUUUACUUUACACAGAACGGCGGAAACACAUCCGGCUCACUCCCCAACGGUGGACGGCCUCUUUCGAUGCCAGCCAGCACGCCUUAUGGAGGAGGAGGGUCUGGCCACUAUGGAGACUAUGGCCACAACCAACAUGGCGGCAGCCCUCAGCACACCUACAAUCACUUGAACCAAAAUGGAGGCCCAGGUUCGGCCUUCUAUGGCUCGGUUAAUUACGGGUUUUCACCGCCCUCUUCCAACCGGACGAGUGGAGCCGGUGGUGCCAGCCCUCAAAGCUAUGGGUCACAAAACUAUCGCAGCUUUCAUGACUACGGCAACAACGGCGGCACUGGAGCAUCGGACUAUAGCAGCGGUGCAGGACAUUCUCGUUCUUCGUCCAUGAUGGGUCUGUCUUCCCCCGUAGGGUCGUCGUUCAUGGGUACUGCUUCAUCUGGCCCCUCUAACGCAUAUCCACUGUCACAGUCCUUUGGCCAAGGAGGCCCCUCUGGAAUGAUCUCCCCUGUAUCUCCUCCUGGAAGCCACAACAGUGCAAGUGGCGCUCUCUCUAUGCCAGUUGCAUCGUCAGCGUCCAACGCGACAAGGGCAACCGGCUCCAUCAUGGCCCCACAAGACUCGAAAGGGUCAUCCGGCAAUGGAGCGGGAGGAGGAGGUGGUGGAGUAAACAGGAAUCACUCUGGCUGGUAA